AUGACUUCGGUAAUAGAAUGGAUUGAGGAAAAGAUAAAAAAUGAGGGAUUGGUCGCACUAAAAAUUAUUUUUAAUGAUAAUUCAAAAGAGAAGCUUAACGAGGUUAACGAAGAGUUCGUCAAGGAGCUAAAACUCCUUCGUGAGAUUGAUUAUCAUUCAAACAUCAAUCAUUUUCUGGGAGUAACAAAUGAUUCAAUGUCUUAUAUUUUGGUGUUGGAAUAUGCAAAUGAAGGAAAUUUAAGAGAUUAUUUGAGAAAUAAUUUUGCUUCUUUGGAAUGGAAUCAUAAAAUUCAAAUGGCAUUGGAUAUUACUAAUGGAUUGAAAUUUCUACAUUCCAAAGAAAUAAUCCAUAGAGACUUGCAGAAAUUACAACUUAGUUCAAUGGGUAAUAAAAUGGGGAUGUACGAAUAUAUUGAACCACAAUGUAUUAAAAAUAUCAAGUAUAAAAAAGAUAAGAAGUCUGAUAUCUAUAGUUUAGGUGUUUUAUUAUGGGAAAUUUCAAGUGGGAGUCUUCCUUUUCACGAUUAUCGAAGUAAUCGAAAUAUAUUAGCUAUUCACAUCAGUUAUAACAAUCUUAGAGAAGAACCAAUUAAGGGUACACCCCUAAAAUAUCAACAACUUUAUCAAAAAUGUUGGGAUGAUGAACCAAAAUUAAGACCCGAUAUUGAAGAAGUAUAUAAAAUUUUAAAUAAAGGUACACAAUAA